AAAGUAGAGUGAGAAAUUCAAAGUUUCUCGUCAGCUGAGAUGGAAAACAAAUACAAUGCCGCACCUCAAAAUCCAAUCCUUUAUAAUUUAUUCCGUAUUCUGAAGAUUAAUUUAUUGUAAUGAAAAAUGCAAGUGUGGCAUUGGAGGAAGAACAUGGCGCACAUCAUGUUGUCGAAGAAAGAACCAUCCAAUCGGCUCUGAUUUCACGACUUAAGAAAAUAAAUUUUAAGGUUAUCAGUAUGUGAAAAGGUUGCUGACGAACGCUUAUUUAAAAAUAAGAAGAAAAAAAAAAGUUGGAAAUUUAGCAACGGGUGGGGCUUAGGACUGAAGACCGAGUCGAGGCCCAGUCACAAACGGCAGCGUUAUAAGGGAUUGUGAAGUUUGUUUGACUUGGACAUUUUCAGUGAUCCUCUGAAAUAUGCUUGACUACAUGGAUGUUACACUGAACCAGAAGUGGGGGGUCCCACUUGUCAUACCGAUCAAUCACAGCGGUUCAAUGGGAACUCGUCAAUCACUGCAGCAGUGUUCAAUCGUGCUCUGUGUCGCACGUGAAUAUUGCCCAAUUCACCCUCCACACACGUCAUCAACUCCGAUGCCGAUGCCUCUCAGAAAAUAAAACCUCAACUCCAACUUCAACACCGCUUCAUUUCAACUCCCUUUCCCCUCUCUCCCUUAUUCACCAUGAAGAAGCUCUGCCGCAAAAGCACCGUCCAUCCCUCGCCGCCGAUCAUCUCCGACUUCCUCUCGUUUCUCCCCGCCGCCAUACUCGCCCUAACCCUGGCGCUCUCCGCCGACGACAAAGAGGUCCUCGCCUACCUCAUCUCCUGUUCCAGUUCCGGUUCCAACGCCACCGCCUCCAACUUCUCCGGCGCCCGCAAGGCCAGCCGCAAACACGGCGGCGGGAAGGGCGGUGUCGACCACGCUCCGCUCUUCGACUGCGAUUGUUUCAUGUGCUACCGGCGGUAUUGGGCCAGAUGGGACGCGUCGCCCAAUCGCCAACUUAUUCACGAAAUAAUCGACGCAUACGAGGAGGGAUUGGCCAAAACCAAAGGCACUGGAUCCGGAGCCACGCCGAGGAACUGUAAGAGAGAGAGAAGGAAGAGGAAUACCGAGUCGGCACCCGGUGAGUCGAAUCGGUCCGAGGUGAAGGGCGAGGGGUCCGAUUCUCGUCCGUUGGAGACCGGCCGCGACGCUAAUGGCGGCGAGAGAAACCGCAAAAAAGAUGACGGACAAGAAGAAGAAGAAGAAGAAGAAGAAGAAUCAAGAGGAUCGGUGAGAAGGUUUGUGAGUUUUGUAGGGGAGAAAAUUUGGAGUGCUUGGGGUAAGGUAAUUAAUCACCUAAUUAAUUAAUUAAUUAGAAAUUAAGAUUAAGGUUAGGGUUUCUUGAGUUCCUUUUUUUUCCAAGUUGCAUCAUCUAACAAGAUGAGAAAUUUCCUCUGCUCUGUUUUUCUUCUUGCGCUGUCUCUGUAAAUUACUCCCCUUUCUCUGUUUAUGUAAAAAUGAGUAUGCAGUCUCUUGUGUCCAUCUGUUAAUUAAAGUAGAAUAAUUAAGAGGGAGAUUACUAAUUUGGAGAUGAUACUUGCUGGAAAUGGAUUAGUUUUUAUAAAAUUGGAUGGAGGAGAGUAGUGGGGAUGGUGGGCACCAUUUAUGGCGUUGGAGCUGCAGAUUCUGAUGUUUCCCCCUAAAGCUAAAACGACGUGGUUAGGCCAAGAUUUAAGGCUUGUGCGUGCCCCACUUCUCUCUGUCUGUAUUAUGUAUAUAUAUAGAAAGAAUCGAAUUGAAGAAAGUUGCGAA